GCCAUUUUGUCAUCUCCUCUCCAGGGGCAGCGCUCGGCGUCACAGUACGAGAAGCUGCUCGCUGCCGUACUGCAGCACCGGGCGCUCCAAACACUGCGACCCCAGAUGCCGGUGGCCGUCUCUGGGAACUCCUCGGAGCACUCACUAGGUUCACAUAUGGCUGCCUGUUCAUCCUGCUUGGCAGAUCGCCCAAAGAGGGGGCGAUAAACUGGAAAGGCGCGUGACUCUGCACACACCGACCCUGCUACUACACUGCGUGCGGAGAUGGGGGGGCACAUCCGCCCACGACAGUCACACUGGAAAAGGACAAACUCGCGAACCCCUGGUGUCUGGAACGCCGCCCAGGGUCUUCCCUGGAAGACUGCGCAUGGAAUGGGACUGAGAGCACCACCGUCUGGCCAAGGUGCCGUCCAUUGCCACGGGCCCUAUGGAAAUACGCGCUGCGAAGCCCUGCUCGCGAAGGCCCAGACGAGCACCCGCCGCGGCGAGCCGGAGCACUGCACCUCAGGCCGAGCAGAAUUCCAGGCCAGCUGCGCGACAGAGGCCCUAAGGCGGCCCUGCGAGGAGGAGGACGAGGGCGGAGGGACGGAGGGAAGGGAGGGAAGCAGGGCGCAGGGAGAAGAGGGAACGACUGGAGGGCGCUGCACCGACGUGCCGGCAUUGGCGCGGCGCCGUCGGUCUCCGCAGGGCAAGCUAGCAGGCUGCAUCGGCACACGCGGGAGCGAGAGGAGCCACGCGGCGGCACCGGCGGGAAGCCUCCUAGGGGGAGAGGCGUGAGAGGAAAACCGCUGCCGCUCUCCACGGGGCGACGAGCUGACGCAUGUCGGCAUGAGCGGCUGGCGCACCUCGGCAGAGGGGCAGGCGCGAGCUGGACCUUGCCAGAACAAGGUUCCCGAAGAACAAGGUUCCCCGGCGUGCCGAUCGGUUCCCACGUCUUCCACUGGGAGGUCGCGGAGCAUGU